GACACUUACAACAACGCGUCGCGCUUCGUGGAGCAGGUGAACUCAUCCAGACUCGGAUCAGUCGUCCGCCGCAACGUUGUAGUUCCAUCAUCUGAAAAACUAGCCUUAUACCAGUCUCAAAUAGCCGCACGUGAUGCAGCUGCUGGUGCCUCUGGUCAAAAUAGUUCUAAUACAUCCAACGACACUAGUGUGUCGACAGACGCCGAGCAAACAUCUCUGGUGAUGAAUCCAUUCUACUUGCAUGACCCACAACUAGAGAAGAACGACCCAACGUUGAGCUACGACGAAUUUGAAGCUCAAAUUCUAGAUUCUACAUCCUUGGGGAUUGACAACGAGGAGUAUCAGCACACACUGUUUUUCGAUGCCAUCCAGGAGGACCGGAUGCACCAACAGUUGGUGGAUAGGUUGGGCCGUUUGAACGUGCGUGGCUUUCAGCAGUUCUCGCAUCUAGACUACAAGAGUGCUCUGCAUUUCAAUGA